CUAAAUAUAGUAAUAUGCCAACAUAUCUCAUACAUAUGACCAAUAAUUCACCAGCCAAAAUCAUACAAAUAACACUGCUUUUAGUCUUUCCACAUGCGGAACUAAAAAUGGGAGUUUAUGAAACAUCCGGGAAUUAUAGUGUGUAGGACUACUCGUAAGUGCGUUCCGACAGAAUUCACCUUCCGCAGUGAACAACAAGUAACAUGGGGUUGUAGAGUUACCUGGGUCGAAUAAUCAUGUUGACCUUCAAAGCAUUACAGAGGAACAAAACCUUUAAAUACGGCGUUCCCAUGUUGUUGCUGGUAGUGGGAGGUUCCUUUGGGCUCCGGGAGUUCACACAGAUCCGCUACGAUGCUCAGAAGAUCAUGAAGAAGGUUCUGGGCAGGAGUAAUAACCAGAUUAAAUCGGCUGGAUCCAACCCUGGAGGCCAAGGUGAAGCCCCAGAAACAGUCUGUUAUCCUGGAGGAGGAGUACCUGAAGAUAAAGGAUGUCAACCUGAAGGACUGGAGGAACAUCAGAGGUCCUCGUCCCUGGGAAGACUCCAAGGAAUACCAAGAGCAGCAACGCUCCAGACAGGGCAAGGCAGCGUGAUGGAGAUUGCUGACCAGAGGCUGUUCGGUUUGCAAUAGGAUAUAUACCGAGUGAGAUGGGAAGACACAGGGUUAAGUUAUUACCAAGACCACUGCAAGGCCAAUGGCUUGAGGAAUAUAAUAUGUAUUUAUCGUGUAAACUCGAAGUAACAAAACCUUUGAGUCAAUGAGAGUUUUGGAAAUGGACAGUUGAAUCUGUGAUCCAAUUGUAUGUAAACAACAAAUGUGCAUGUCUUAUAUGUUAUAUAAAAAAAACGUAAUGUUUUGAAA